AUGAAGACCAGACUGCUACCGAGGGCAUCCUUUCGCCAGGCGGCCACCGGCGCAGGACGCCGAACGCCCGUCAGUUACGCCAUUGCCUCGACCCAUGUGCCCUCGAGGCCAGCAAGCAGCGGCAUCUCCCAGCGGCCGGGCGCGAGCCACGUCUCCUUUCCGGGCGCCGUCAAGAGCGCCUUUACGAGCAAGCUCCAGUUCGCCUUGGCGUCCGAGUCGCCCUCGCUCCCGACCUACCGCGUGGUCGACCAGGACGGACGGGUCGUCGACUCUGACUUCUCGGCCGACCUUGCCGACCACGAGGUCGUGGCCCUCUACCGCAACAUGCUGCUCAUCUCCAUCAUGGACGUCAUCAUGUUCGACGCCCAGCGCCAGGGUCGCCUAAGCUUCUAUAUGGUAUCAGCUGGCGAGGAGGCCAUCAGCAUCGGCUCCGCGUCCGUGCUGGAAAAGGGGGAUGUCGUCUUCUGUCAAUACCGCGAGCAGGGCGUGUUUCGACAGAGGGGCUUUGAGUUGAGUGACUUUAUGAAUCAGCUCUUUGCGAAUAAGAAGGACCCGGGAAAAGGCAGGAAUAUGCCGGUCCACUAUGGUAGUAAGGAACUCAAUAUUCACACAAUAUCUAGUCCAUUGGCAACGCAAAUACCGCACGCCAGCGGUGCUGCCUAUGCAAUGAAAAUGCAGAGGAUAAAUGACCCAUCCAUACCACCCAGGGUCGUGGUGGUCUAUUUUGGCGAGGGCGCAGCCAGCGAGGGAGACUUUCACGCUGCCCUGAAUAUCGCGGCCACCCGUUCAUGUCCGGUCAUCUUUGUGUGCCGAAAUAAUGGCUACGCCAUCUCGACGCCGACGUUGGAGCAGUACCGCGGAGACGGCAUCGCCAGCCGGGGCAUCGGGUACGGCAUUGACACUAUCCGGGUCGACGGCAACGAUAUUUGGGCGGUGCGCGAGGCCACCAAAAAGGCCCGCGCCAUGGCGCUGCAGGGCGAAGGCCGACCCAUACUCAUCGAGGCCAUGAGCUACCGCGUCAGCCACCACAGCACCUCGGACGACUCGUUUGCGUACCGCGCCCGCGUCGAGGUCGAGGACUGGAAGCGCCGCGAUAACCCCAUCUCGCGGCUGCGCAAGUACAUGGAGGCCCGGGGCAUCUGGGACGAGGCCAAGGAAAAGGACGCCCGCGAGACCAUCCGGAGGGAUGUGCUCAAGGCCUUCUCCGAGGCCGAGAAGGAGAAGAAGCCCCCGCUAAGGACCAUGUUUGAGGACAUCUAUGAGGAGUUGACGCCGGAUCUCAAGGCACAAAUGCAACAGUUGGCGGAGCACCUUGAUAGGUAUCCCGAGGAGUACGACUUGAGUGAUUUUGAUGGUGGUAGGAGUGGGCUAAAAUAA